GUCAGCAUCCCAGUACGGUGACCUUUGCCACCAUUGGAUAUAAGUGGGGAAUGGUAAAAUUGUGAGGAUUAAUAUUUGGCUGCAUAUAACAGGAAAACAUCUGAAGGAAAAGAGGCCUAGUCAGAGAAGGCAUGUCUUUCUUGUUGUCAGACCUUGUGCUGUACCUGCCUGUGGUGAGGCCCAGUGCCUCCUGUCUGGGUUGGCAGCUAGAGGUGUGGUCAGCUCAUGGGCCUUCCAGACACCAGGCUGGAGGAAGGCACACUUCCCAAGAACUCCUCAUCAAAUUUCUCCUUACGUCUUGUUGGCAAGAACCGAACUCCUGGCCAUACCUAGCUGCAAGGGAGGCGGACAGCCCUGGGCCAACUAAACGUCAGGAUCCUAGGGCUUCUGUGGAGGAAGCAAAGAACAGACAUUGGAGGCAACUGUGUCUCUCCUGCAAGUUGUCUUUUUUGGAAGGUGAGUUUUUAAUGCUUGUUGGAAAAAUGUUGGCAAAACUUUGGGAAAACUUCUCUGGGGAGGCUGUAGGCAUGGAGAGCUAACUAAAAAGUUGAGAACUUGAGACCUUUCUUGCUUCCACACUUCUUUCAUACGACAGCCUGAAAGAGGUCACUUGAUCCCUUUGUUCCUUCAUUUCCUCAUUUAGAAAACAGAAAUGGCCAAGUUCUGAGCUAAAUUCUCAGGGCCAGUGCCAAGGCUUACAGACCAGAGCUGCUUCCCACCAGUAGUCCCUCUGGUGCCUCUGGACCUGUGGGUGUGUCUGGAGGGAGGGGCUGCUUGGGUGGGGGGAUUUCAGGAAGAAUGUGAGAUCCAGGCAAGGGCCUGUGGAUGAGAUGCCCUGGGGCCCAGGAAGUGGAAGACAAGCUUGUCCCCACUGUAGUCUCCAGGGCUGACUUAUCCUUCCCCACCCUGAACCCACCACAGGCAGGUCCCCUCCCUAAGUAUGGGGAGGGCCAGCCUCAUUAGUGGAAUUGAGGGUGGCACCUGGGUCUGUGCUUCUCUCCUGCCUCUUUCCCUCCUUGCCUUGCUUUCCUUCCAGAAGGGAGAUCCCAAGUGUCUGCUCUGUCAGAUGAAAGGGAUCAAAUAACCAGUUUAUUCUAGGUGUCAGCGAAAUUUAAUGUGUUCUUUCUGAGGCACUUGGAUUUUAAGAAGGAUAUAUGUGCUAGCAGUCCCUAAACUCAGAAGAGAGCCUCUCCAAUGGUCAGAUGUCAGGCCAAGGAACAGGCAUGGAUAGAAGUUGGGGCCCUCCUUGUGCCUGCCAGUCACUGGGUACAAGCAUUUGUCUGCUGCACACCUGGGUAAUGCUGGCCAGCCCAGCUGUUCCUGUCCUCUUCCCUCUACCCCAACCCAGCACAUGUGAAUGACACACACACCUCUCUCACCUCUUGUGUGUGCUCACACAUGGCAUUCACACAUGUACUUACAGCUGUCAUUUGCACAUGUGCAUACACACCUUUUGUGUUCACACACACACACACACACACACACACAUCCUAAAAAGGCAGUAGCUGCUGAGGAGCUAUGCUUUGCUUUCUGUCUGAUUGGAAUCCCUGGGAGUUAGGGGUAUAGACGUGCAUGUAUGUUCAAGAAUCUUUAUAAACACUCUUUGAAUUCAUGCCUCUGAAAUACGGAAGUUUCUUUUUGUGUUUCCAAAACUAAUGAUGAAAAUUUGCUAAUCUGUAGUAAUGUUUCCUAGCCUUAGAAAACUUUUUUAGGGGUGCCUGGGUGGCUCAGUUGGUUAAGCUUCUGAUUCUUGAUUUUGGCUCAGGUCAUGAUCUCAUUGUUCAUGGGUUUGAGCCCCACGUUGGGCUCUGUGUUGACAGUAUAGAGCCUGCAUGGAAUUCUCUGUCUCUGUCACUCCCCUGCUUACUCUCUAUCUUUCUCAAAAUAAAUAAAAAUAAACUUAAAAAAAUUUUUUUAACUUCACAUUUUUAAAAAGGCAAGGAUUAUCAAAUGGCCCUUUCUCACUUUCUCUACCCUAUGAGUGGCUUUUGUAGGCAAUGGAUGAACAUAGCAUCUUUCCUUGUAUCCCAGCAGUAAUCAUCACUUCCUGGUGAUUAUCUUCAGAUUGUUUUGCUAUCCACUUUUUUUCUCAGUAUAAACAUAGGUUGUUUUGUUUUGUUUUUUCAUCUUUGAGAGUGAGAUAUUUUACUUAAGGGAGGUAUCUGUCAAACUUCAUAAAACUACUUUUCUUCCGCCUUCAUGGGUGUGCUGGUCCAUGUGUUAUGUGGACCUUGCCUUCCCAUUCCACAGGUGCCAAGGGUGGGUGUCUGGCCCCAGUGAACUAGAUGCUGUACUUUUUCAGAAGAAACAAAAACCGUUGGGACACCCUAAGUGUGCAAUGUAAAUGAAGAAAGUGAGGCCCUGGCCAGGAGGGAAGUGGUUCUGAUUUCCAUGUUUCGUCUCCCACUCUUAAAGGGGAAAGCACUUUCAAGGGAGUAUGAUAGGGGAGAGAAGUGCAGAGAAGGCAGAAGUUCUUGAACGCAUUGCUGACUAUAGAAUGUUGCUGUCAUGUGGCCCCUGGCCCGGUAACCCUUGCCAGGGGCGUAGCAGGCAUUUGGGCAGCAUCUGAGUUCAAGAUGGUGACCACCACAGGCCUAGAGACACCUGAAGUGGAGCAUCCAUGGGGCACAGAAUAAAGUCCCAGGUCGGGGCACCUGGGUGGCUCAGUUUGUUGAGCAUCUGACCCUUGAUAUCAGCCCAGGUCAUGAUCCCAGCAUUGUGGGAUUGAGCCCUGUGUUGGGCUCUGUGCUGAGUGUGGAGCCUGCUUCAGAUUCUCUCUCUCUCUCUCUCUCUCUCUCUCUCUCUCUGUCAUUCCCCCCCCCCCCCAAAAAAAAAGAAUAAAAGUCCUAGGUCAGGAUCAUGUGAUGCUCAAGCAGAGCUUUGUCCAGUGGGAGUGACACUCACUGUGAAACAGUGUGGAUGGGGCAGAUCUGAACUGUCCCAGGGGAAGGAGUGACACUGAUUGAGUAGACCUGGGUCUAGUGCUCACUCCCGAUGCUGGGAACUUGGCAGUCUGAUUGCCUGGCCUGGGUCUGUUGAUCGCCUGCGCCCCCAAUUUGAGUGGCCUGAGAGAGGGUGGGUACACACUUCUGCUAACGGAGUGUAAUUAGGGAGUGAGUGUUGGGCUGCCAAAAGGAAAACAGCAUCAGAGUAAGCUAACCUAGUCCAGGCACCCUGAAGGCCUGGCUCCCCUGAACCCCCUGUUUGGGAGCCCCCUUACCCUCUCCUUCUUGGUGUAUAGCUCCUUGACAGUAACUCCGUAGGGGUCUAGAGGAAUCACUUAAAAUGUUCAAUUCUUCUUUGCUGUGUUUUAUUGAGAGGGAGGGUGUUGUGUCCCACAGUGGUACUGACAUUUGUGAAGAUUGUUCUCUGGGGACGUUCCCAGUGAACAUAACAGAUCUGGAGUGUCAUAGGACAUAAAUGUCCUUCAGGGAAGGAACAGCAGCUCUGUUUUCUUUGUAUCUCCAGAGUAUCCCACAGUGCCUGGUACAGUAUAGGUGUAUAAUUAGUGUUUGUCGAGUGAAUGAAUGAACAAAGCUGCCAUUUCAUUGUGGAAAGUGCAAGAAAAGGCUCAGCCUGUCCUGGGAAGACAGCCCAUUUCCCGGAGGUCAAGUUGGGGUUUGGUCUAACUCAGGAGAGGGAAGUGAGACUGGGGCUUGUGGCACACCUGGUGUUGCAGUCAGUCUUUGGGUGAAGCCAAACCUGGCAGCUUGUGUCCCUGUACCUGAUAUGUCCUCCCUGUGAAGUGGCAUUCGUGUCCUUAGCACACAAGCCCUGUCAGCCAGCUGGCUGUGACCUAGCAGCUGCUUCUGUUCCUCUGGGAAGAAAGUACCACACCUUAGGGCUCAGUCAUCUUGGAUUAUUUUCUUUCUAAAUUUUAUCAACUUUCUCACAUCUGCACAGGGUCGCAAGUGUGGUAUCAUAGGUGCUAAAAGAGAAGCCCAGUAGGGUGGGGUUCACAGGAAGGGUGGCCUCCUCCUUUUCUGGGCCUUGGGGACAUCACAGGGCUUCACGUAGAGUUAUGUGUCAAGGGUGGGGGUGAUAGCUCGAGCUGGGAGUUUCAAGAGAGAAGUGUGGGGAGGACAGGGAUAACGCAUCAGGAAGGAGUUUCAGGAGAGGCAGGGUCAGAUCACCGAGGGGCUCACGGUCCAUCAUCAGGUCCUUUUCAAGUUUGGGACUUCAUCCCACACAGGAGGUUUCUCAGACUUUUUAAAAAGCUUUUUAUUGUUUUGCUUAUAUCAUUGUUUUAAAUGAAAAAAGCAAUUCCAAAGUCUUUUUAGGGGUUUGAGGAGGUCCUUUCUUAGAUGGUAAUUGUUCUUGUAACCAUACCUGUGUUCUAACCAGGUUUGUGGGCCAAGAUGGGCUCCCUCAUUUCCAUUCAGUGGUGUGGGCACCGCAGUUCACUGAAUCCUGAUGCAGGGUCCCCAGAGCCCAUAGUGGUGGCGAUGAAGCCAUGUCUGUGACAUGAUGGAAAUGAAACCAGGACUGGGGAAGGAUAUUCUAAACCACCUGUAAAAAUUGAGCUGGCUGUGAGGAAAAGAAAGUAUUGGGGUGUGAAGAACCCCAGAAAUCUGGGUUUCUAGAAACAAAUAUUAAUUGUCUCAGGGUCCUCUCCCUGCACAUUGAAACAGCUGAGCGGGCAGCUUCAGUUGGCCCUACCUCCUCCAUAGUCAUGCUCUUGCUAUGACCUUGUGGGGUCUCUACACUGGGCAGGGAGGGGGGUGCAGUAUAGACAUAAAACAUAGUCAAGCCUGAUGGCCAGUGGCUGGGGGAGGGGAUGAGGUAGUGAGAGAUUAUGGGGACAGGACUUGGCUUGUAGUUGUGUUAGGACAUGCUCCUGCUCUAAGAUUUUGUGACUUGGGGACUGGGAGCAUAAACUUCACUGUGCCAUAUAGUGGGGUGAUGUGGUCAGGGAGAAAAAUGUGGCAGAAGGGCAAGGCUGGAGAAUAAGGAAGUGAAGGGCAGAGAGCAAGGGACGAGGCGAUGGAAAUUGUUGCCAGCAGCAGGUGCAGCCUUGUCGAUUUCCUCACCUGCUGGGGUGACACUGACCCAGAGAAGCACCCCUUUGAAUUCCCACCCUCUUAUUAGUGACUAUACAUUAAUAUCACGUGGUGGGAGUCCUCAAAACCUGCUUGUACUUAGCUUGAUUUGCCACAUUUGAUAACAUUUUAUGUUCUGUUUUAAAUAGGCAUACAUUUUCAUGAUUCAAAAAUUAGAAGGUACAGCAGGGUAUAUGGUAAAGUCAGCCUCCUGCCGCAGCCACCUAGAUCCCCUCCUGGAGACACCAAUGCCAUGUGCUUUUCUUGUGUUCUUCCCAAGAUAUUCUGUGUAUAUGCCAGCAGAUGUGUGUGUGUACACAUUAAAAUGUUUUUAUGCCCACAGUGUCACAUUCCAUGUCCACUGCACCCCUCACCAUCUCCCGUUACUAUUUCUGGGUAGUCGUUGCAUAGAGUUUCUCUUUGUUUUGCCCAGCUACACAGCAUCCCCCUGCCAGGCUGUGCUGUAGAUUCUUUGACUAGUGCAUUCUCUAUCUCUUUUUUUUAAUUAAAAAAAUUAAUUUAUUUAUUUUGAGAGAGAAAGAGAGAGAGAGUGCACAUGCAUGGGAGGGGCAGAGAGAGAGGAGAGAGAGAGAGAAUCCCAAGCAGGCUCUGUGCUGUCAGCAUGGAGCCCAACGUGGGGCUUGAUCCCACAACCCUGAAAUCAUGACCUGAGCUGAAAUCAAGAGUCAGACACCUCACUGACUCAGCCAUCCAGGCGCCCCUGACUAGUGCUCUCUUGAGCUUGGUAGGCUCUUCCUGGUCUGUGCCGGGCACUAAUGUGUUAGCUCUUUGAAAGAGCACCCCCCACCCUUGCCCUAAGGUGUGGAUAGAGUAUCCCCCUAUCUGGAAGGAAAGUGUGGGAUUGGGUGAUAUUUGGAAGUUCCCAUUUACUGCUAUUCUCAUCUGGACUAUAACUUUCUUUGGGGAGUAGAGGGCAGCUAAUGGUUAGAUACUAUUAUUUGUAAGAUACGCUUCUUUAGAAUAUUACCUUUCGUUACACAUAGGCCUUUUAAACCCACCCAUAGCAUCCUGAAUGAGGCUUGUCAAGGCCACAUUUGACCCGAGCUUCAAGAGCAGUGGUUCCGAGGGACUUUGCAGGGCCCACUGCACGUUUGAGCUACUACAGGUGCUGCAGAUGGUUCUGGAGGGAUGUCUCUGACAGCCAGGACCAGGAAUGCAUAGUGCUUGUGGCAUCGUGUUUGUGACAUGAUGAUAUCUAGCUGAGGCUGCUUCUUCCCGCCCAGUGAAUCAGUUGCUCCUACCACUGUGCCAUGUGUCUGAGAGGGAAGGGAACAGCCUGGACAUUGUAAAUAUGUCAAUAUGUCUUGGAGUCAUGUUGGAUGGUCCCUGUCAGCUUCCAGAUCUGCAAGACAGUCCUGGUAGUUUACCACAGUGGAGCCGGUGUGCAGUCAUCUCACAUGGCAGCAUUGUAGAGGCAGCGGACAUCUUUGAGGGCCCCACCUUCAGGCCUGGGGGAGGGGCAGUGGCGGGCUCUUGCCACAUGUGGGGACGCUCCAGAGAGCAGGACUUGAUGGUAGCCCACCCCCAGAGGGUUCACAGCUGCAAGGCUGCUUAUCAGCCCCUGUGCAGGUGUCAGCAGGACACAUUCAAGCCAUGAAGCCUCUGUGGGAGGGAGCCAAGGGCUGGCAGAUGUUAGACGUUAGCCCCUGGGGUCUGUUGUGUGCAGUGCCAGUGGCCAAGGGGCGCUGAGAUGGCUCUUUCUGCCCCAUUAGUGGCUGUCAGCUAGCUCAGGGCACCAGUCUGCUGGAUAAACCCAGCUGUUGCAGAAGGUCAGAGAAGAAUGGGAGCAAAGAAGGCAGUUCAGGGGGCCCGCCGAUGACUGCUUUCAGGAAGUGAACAGGCUUAUUCAUGUUCAUAUUUUCUCUAAAAUACUCUUGAGGUUUUGAGGCUCCACCCUGAGCCCUGUGUGGCCGAGGGCUGCUUGUCCUGGUGGAAGGGAUGGUCUUCAAAUCUUGUGCUAGCCUAAGUCUGGAUGGCGGGGUCCUGGGGCAGCUCAGUCCUGCCUCUGAAACUGAAUGGAGGCAGAGGGGAGGCAGAAUUGCUGUCAGGGUCAUGGGGCCUCCUGCACACAGAGCCCAGGAGGAGGUCGCUAACAGUGGAGGAAGUGGAAUUAUUGCACAUGGUGCAUUUCGACAUUGGGACUCAACCCUCAAGAAGGAAAACCAAGUGUGGGGGUGCAUGGCGCCCGGGCUGAAGAAAUGAAAAGUGGGCAGAAGGCUGAACGUUAACUGCCUUGUCUUUUGCUCACCCACUUGGCCCUUCUCUUGGGCUGGCCCUGGCAAGGCAGAGUUAUCUCACCCCACACCAGCUUCAAGGCCUGUGGCUGGGAGAAGUUCUCUUGCUGUGUUUAUUCAAGAUGAUGGAUUUGGAUGUGCUUCUAUGAAGAAAUGCCACGUGUCUCAACUGGCCCAAGAACAAACAUGUCCAGACUACUGCCACCUUAGGGGAUUAGGGCUUGGUGACAGCGCGUCCCCGGGGAAUCAGGCGUGGUCUGACCCAGGAACAGGAAACACAUCAUCACCAAUGACAUCAUGACAGCAAGAGAGCACAGCCCUCGCCAUGGUGCCAGGGCCCGUGCGAUGCAGCGGGCUUCUACCAUUGAUGUGGCAGCUGACAUGCUGGGCCUCUCUCUGGCAGGAAAUAUCCAAGAUCCAGAUGAGCCCAUUUUAGAAUUCAGCUUAGCUUGCAGUGAGUUGCAUACUCCAUCGCUAGAUCGAAAACCAAAUAGUUUUGUAGCAGUGAGUGUAACCACCCCUCCUCAGGCAUUCUGGACAAAACAUGCACAGACGGAGAUCAUCGAGGGAACCAACAAUCCUAUAUUUCUAAGCAGUAUUGCCUUCUUUCAAGACUCCCUUAUCAAUCAGAUGACACAAAUCAAACUCUCCGUGUAUGAUGUCAAAGAUAGAUCUCAGGGAACAAUGUAUUUACUGGGCUCUGGAACAUUCAUUGUCAAAGAUCUUCUCCAAGACAGGCAUCAUAGGUUGCAUUUGACGCUAAGAUCUGCAGAGAGUGACCGCGUGGGUAACAUCACCGUGAUUGGCUGGCAGAUGGAGGAGAAGUCGGAUCAGCGGCCUCCUGUGACUCGGUCUCUGGACACCGUCAAUGGGAGGAUGGUUCUGCCCGUUGAUGAGAGCUUGACUGAGGCAUUGGGAAUCCGAUCCAAAUAUGCUUCGCUGCGAAAAGACACUUUACUGAAAUCGGUGUUCGGUGGCGCCAUUUGCCGCAUGUACCGGUUCCCCACCACCGACGGCAACCACCUGCGGAUCCUGGAGCAGAUGGCAGAGAGCGUGCUCUCCCUGCACGUGCCCCGGCAGUUUGUGAAGCUCCUGCUGGAAGAAGAUGCGGCCAGAGUGUGUGAACUGGAGGAGUUGGGGGAUCUGUCCCCUUGCUGGGAGAGCCUCCGGCGCCAGAUUGUCACUCAGUACCAGACCAUUAUCCUCACGUACCAGGAGAACCUCACUGACCUCCAUCAGUACAAAGGUCCCUCGUUUAAAGCAAGCAGUUUGAAAGCAGAUAAAAAGUUAGAAUUUGUUCCUACAAACUUGCACAUACAGAGGAUGAGAGUUCAAGACGAUGGGGGGUCAGAUCAGAACUAUGACAUCGUCACCAUCGGAGCGCCAGCAGCACACUGCCAAGGUUUUAAGUCAGGAGGUCUCCGCAAAAAGCUGCACAAAUUUGAAGAGACCAAGAAGCAUACACCAUCCAGCUGCCAGUCCAUAAUCUACAUACCACAGGACAUCAUCAGAGCCAAGGAGAUCAUUGCCCAGAUCAAUACCCUGAAAACCCAAGUGAGUUACUAUGCAGAGCGGCUCUCCAGGGCAGCCAAGGACAGGUCUGCCACAGGUCUUGAAAGAACCCUCGCCAUUCUAGCAGACAAGACCCGGCAGCUGGUCACCGUGUGCGACUGCAAGCUGCUGGCCAACUCCAUCCACGGACUGAACGCAGCGCGACCCGACUACAUUGCCUCCAAGGCCUCCCCGACAUCGAGUGAGGAGGAGCAGGUGAUGCUUAGGAACGACCAGGACACCCUCAUGGCCAGGUGGACGGGGAGGAAUAGCCGGUCUUCUCUGCAAGUGGACUGGCACGAGGAGGAGUGGGAGAAAGUGUGGCUGAACGUAGACAAGAGCCUGGAGUGCAUCAUUCAGCGGGUGGACAAGCUGCUGCAGAAGGAGCGCCUGCAUGGCGAGGGCUGUGAGGAUGUCUUCCCUUGCGCAGGCAGCUGUACCAGCAAGAAAGGUAACCAGCACAGCCACGCCUACUGGAUCAAACCGGAAGACCCCUUCUAUGAUGUCCCCUCCUCGCCAUGCCCCUCCACCAUCUCCUCUGCUGCAUGCCAUCCUCGCCUGACCACACAUUGCAGCCCCCCUCCUGACGAGUCCAGCCCAGGUGAAUGGAGUGAGGCCCUUUACCCCCUGCUGACCACCCUCACAGACUGUGUGGCCAUGAUGAGUGACAAGGCCAAGAAGGCAAUGGUCUUCCUGCUCAUGCAGGACAGCGCUCCCACCAUAGCCACGUACCUGAGCCUGCAGUACCGCCGGGAUGUGGUCUUCUGCCAAACUCUGACUGCUCUCAUCUGUGGCUUCAUCAUCAAGCUGAGGAACUGCCUGCAUGAUGAUGGCUUCCUGCGCCAGCUCUACACCAUUGGGCUGCUGGCCCAGUUCGAGAGCCUGCUGAGCACCUAUGGUGAGGAGCUGGCCAUGCUGGAGGACAUGAGCCUUGGAAUCAUGGACCUGAGGAACGUGACCUUCAAAGUCACUCAGGCCACUUCUAAUGCAUCAACAGACAUGCUGCCCGUCAUCACUGGAAAUCGUGAUGGGUUCAACGUGCGGAUCCCUCUGCCGGGCCCCCUGUUCGACGCCCUGCCCCGGGAGAUCCAGAGCGGCAUGCUGCUGCGGGUGCAGCCUGUCCUCUUCAAUGUGGGCAUCAACGAGCAGCAGACACUAGCCGAGAGGUUUGGUGAUACGUCUUUACAAGAAGUUAUCAAUGUGGAAAGUUUGGUGCGGUUAAAUUCCUACUUCGAGCAGUUUAAGGAAGUUUUGCCUGAAGAUUGCCUACCUCGAUCUCGGAGCCAGACCUGCCUCCCAGAGCUGCUGCGAUUUCUGGGCCAGAACGUACAUGCCAGGAAGAAUAAGAACGUCGACAUUCUCUGGCAAGCUGCUGAGAUCUGCCGCCGCCUUAACGGGGUCCGGUUCACCAGCUGCAAGAGCGCCAAGGACCGCACGGCCAUGUCGGUGACUCUGGAGCAGUGCCUGAUCCUGCAGCACGAGCACGGCAUGGCCCCACAGGUGUUCACCCAGGCCCUGGAGUGCAUGCGCAGUGAGGGUUGUCGAAGAGAAAAUACAAUGAAGAAUGUUGGAAGUCGCAAAUAUGCGUUUAAUUCCCUGCAGCUGAAGGCUUUCCCCAAGCAUUACAGGCCUCCCGAAGGGACUUACGGAAAAGUUGAAACAUGAACACACGGUUCCUCUAAUUAGCUGUCACAUACUAAAUGUGGGUACCCUCUAGUGUCAUAUACGAAUUCUUCAAGAAGACCUGAAGGAUUGGUUUUUAUUUUUGUGUUUUCAAACAAAAUUCACUAAAAAGUCUAUGGAGCAUGUUUUUUUCCACUGGAAUCAAUAGGAGGUAAUGUUUGGCUCAAUAGCGUGGAUAGUAAUGACUGCCCAUUUAAAUAGCCUCAGCCAUAACCACACAGAUAUCAUCGAUAGUUACCUGUAUGAAUCAAGCUAGGUAUGUCUGAAAUGCUAAAAGACUUUUUAAAAUGCCCACUUAGGCAGCUGCACACCUAAUGUAUUUUUCUACCGAGUAACUCAAAAUUGAGCAUUGAAUUACAGUCUACUUUAAAAAUUUUUGAAUGUAAAACAGUAAAUAAUAUAUUAAAGAAUUGGAUCCUGGGCAGAUCAGUAAAUGUUGAAUGUUAACUCAAGUUUUGGGGAAAGAAGGUAGCUCCAGCUUGAGCAGUGAGAGCAGUUGGUUCCGAUAAAUUGUCUUAUCUGUAGCAUCACAGGUGAAAUCAGAAGGUGAAGUAAAGGUUGCUAAAUCAGCCCGAGGUAAGACUUCACUGGAAGGUAGUACCUGCACAGCGGCCCACGCGGGGGGCCCACCUCCGCCCCCGCUGCGCUGUAGCACAGGGUGUGUGCUGGAGAAGGAGGCCACUGGCCUGUUCUCCCCAGCUCCAUGGCUGGUCCUGCCCCCAGGGCUCGCCUCCCUUCCUCUCCUGGGUGUUGAAUUCUGCCACUCCAGGACCCCACACAUGAGGUGUCUGCUGCCUUUUAGACAACACUGGGGGAUUUAUGCGUGUAGGUGCUGGAAGCCUAAGUAUUUUCAGAACAAAUGUCCUUUUGUGGGUUUCCCAAUUUAUCGUCUUCUAGAAGACAAUCCUGUUGGAUUGUCUGAUGAAAGUGUCUCUUAGGUUUGCAGUAGUUGUUACUGUCCUCUUUACCUUCUGUUAUGUAAGAUGACUAUUGAGAAAGUUGAAAUUAUCUCCUACAGUGAGAUUUUGAAAGGGAUUAAUGGGCCAUAAACUUAGGAAUUUCAUAGAAAAUUAUGUCUGAUCAUCUAUUAUAAGAUGAUGAUGAUGAGUCUUAUCUGCACAUAGCAGAGAUUUUUCUUAGUUUAUGUGUUUAUCAAUUCUGUUUAUCAUAAUUAUGUUUACAUGUUAUUUAAAAGGCUGUAAAAUAUAUGUGGCACAUAUCCAUGAUGCUAAUCUUAAUGAUUUGUGAACCCUUAGGAAAUCCCUAGGUCUAAAAUUAUAGAUAUUAUUCUUGGGCUCCUUUAGAAAUGCCAGUUGGAAACAUGUGACAGACUUGGGUUGCUGAGGCACAGGCAAUGCCACCCACAGGCAGGGACACAGGGGUGGGCGCAGGCGAGGGGCUGCAUAACCUUCCAGACCCUUCCUAUACAGUGUGCAGACAGAGCCUCUGCUCCUCCUGCCCAUUGGACAGGUGUGAGUGGAUGUGGAGGAUGCACCAGGAGCAAUGGUCACAGCUCGCUGCCUCUCCCACAGCUGGCUCACUGUGGAGGGUGCAGGUAGAGACACUCCUAUCCACCAAACCCGCUGCACAGGUGGCAUCAGCUGGCAUCACAUCAUCCUGCUGUGUCAGUCCCUGUUCAAAGAUGGUUUCCAGUAUGGGUGAUUUGGCCUCCUGCCUCUCCCCCAUAUCAUUUAAUUUGUAACUUUUCUAGUACCUACAUAUUUCUGUCUUUUCUUAUGUUAACAUCACUACCUUUCAAAAAUUCCCUUGUCUUUUUAAAUUAAAUGUCACCCAUAUUGUUUCCAGAAUUUUUUUUUUUUUUUUUUUUUUUUUUUUUUG